UGAUGUUUAUGAAAUAAAGAAAAAAAUAACCUCACAAUAAAAACAAUAGGAAUACUUCGUUUCAAACAUAUUUAUAAAUAUAAAUAUAAAUAUAACGAUGAUAUUAAAUAAUUUGCGAAUUUUCCGGCAUUCGCUACAUCACAAUGCAUUAACGGUGGGCUCAAUGAGGACAUUAUAUUCGGAAAAGGAUCUAGGAGUAUCUGAUUAUGAAUCACGGAGAUUGGAAGCCGUGAAACGUGGCGGAGAAUAUUGUCAACCGGAUACAGUGUUGAAAAAGAUGAAAUUUCAAUUACGGUCCGAAAAUAUUGAAGAAUUAAUUCAAACACUAAAAAUAUGGAUUCAUGUAGUAGACACAAAACAAUGCAAGAAACACUUUUCUUUGCUGAAAGACUGUUUAGAUUUCAUAUAUAAUAAUCCUCACCCAGAUCCAGCAAAAAAAAAUUACAACUUUCCACCAACUGUAAUGCGAAUGUUUCAUUUGCUAAAUAUGCCAGAUGAAGCACUGAAUAUCGCUGCCAACAUAAAAAAUAAGGACAUGUUUAAUCAACACAAUUCUACAAUUAUUUUAUGUGAUUUACUUUUCAACAAUGGCAUGUACAAAGAGUUGAUAUAUGUAGUUGAAAAUGCUAAUGCUGUUAAUGCAAAGAGAGGCAUGAAGUCAUCAUAUCUUCAAAACUGUAUUACUUUCGCCGCCUGUUAUAAAUUGAAUACACAAGAUCAUCUAUCGUACGCGUUGGAGAUAUGGAACAAAUCAGUUAAAGAACAUCAACUCUCGCAAGCUAUCAAUUUCUUGUGUAUGAACGCAAUUAACCUGAAUCAACCCGAAAUAGCGCUAGAGAUAUUACGACCCAGCGAUAAACAUUUUACAUCGUUAUAUAUUCGAUUAAUUGCAUUAUCGGAUUGUGGAAAAUAUGCGGAAGCAGCACAAGUACUCAGAAGUGGCUUAAAUCAACAGAUAUUUUCGAAUAUACCAGCAAGUGUGGUGAAUAGAAUCAGACAAAACUUAAACAAAUGCCUUCCAGCUGAAGACGCUGAUAACUUUAAUAACUUACUGAACGAAGUACAGCAUCAAAAAACAAAAAUUACUAUUGACGAAAUACUCUGUUGGCCCAUUGCUUUGAAUUUAAAGAAAUUUGACAUAGACAGACAUAGAUACCACCAAACUAACUAGAAUCAGCUUAAUUUUUAAGAAAGACGAAAAAAAAACUAGAAAAAACUUAUUUUUGUUUUGGAUGUUAUUUCUUUUUUGAUGAGAAACCCAUAUAAGUGGUGAAAAUUAAAAAUGAAUGCAAAUCAUAAUCGUCUAUUUUUUUUUUGGUUUCCAUUGAGCAAGAUUCAAUCCAGUUUUGUGAUGCGCCGGUCUUCUGCAGAACCAUGGUGUGUUUUCGUAUUCGGUCACACUCUCAAUUCCCAGUAAUAUGCCCACCAUUUCAUUGUCACUCUUCAAGUGAUUUUUUUUUUAUUUUUUCCAAUUAUAAAUACAAUAAUUGCCUUACCAAGCGGCAACAUUGUGAUUGAUUAGUUGACCCAGAUGAUGAUGAUGCCAUUUUGAUUGAGAGUCAAUUUAUCAGAAUCAACUCAAACAAUUGGUGCUACUCACAAAAUCACAAAAGGAAAGCAAUAAACAUUUGUACGUGAAAUGUUGACCACAUGAGAGGAUGCGCACAAUACUGAAAUAUUUGAUUAAAUUCAAAUCGGCAUCGGUUAUUUACCACAAGAAUUACUU